AUGUUAAACGGUACAUUCAAUCAUAACUUAACAUCAUCUGGUAUUACUAUUAUUUUUAUUGCAAUCUUGUUCGGUAGUAUAGGAAUUAUUUUUAACUUUGUUAUUAUUAUUAUUUUGAUUCGUCAUGGUAAAUUUACAAAAUGUUCUAAAAAACAUCAUAGUCGUCGCAUUGGACUUCUCCAUUCAAUUAAUACAUAUAUUCAUCUCAUCGGAAUAUUAUCAACACUCAUAACAAUGUGUAUUAGAACUUUAUAUGGUGAUUUAUAUCAAGAAAAACGAAAUGAAAAUUUUGUUUCAUGGCAUUGUCAUCUUUUGGGUUUCUUAAUGUCACUAUUUGGAGCAGGUGUAUAUGGUUCAUGUUUUUUACAAGCACUUUAUCGUUUUUGGAGAAUUGUUAUACCUAAUCGAGAUCUUUUGCAAAACCUAUAUUUUCAUAUCCAAUUAAUCCUUGCUCAUUGGUUAUUUAUUAUAGUUUUAUUACUACCUAUACUAUCUCGUUCUAUUUAUAUAUCAUCUGAUCAUUUCUGUUUAAGUCCAUUUCAUGAUCGAUGGACAGCAGCAUAUAUUUCAUUGAUAACAGCUGUAAUACCUGUUACUGGAAUACUUGUACUUUAUAUAAAAAUUGUAAUUUAUAUGAAACAUAAGUUACAAACUAAAAAACAAUGGAGACGUAUUAAACGUGAUAUAUCAACAAUCCGAAGAGUUCUUUUACUAGUUAUUAUUAUACUACAAACAAGUAGUACAGGAAUUAUACUUUGGAUUUUAACAUUUUUUUAUAAAAGUCUUCAUCCACUUUUUUAUCGAUUACUUCGAUUUUUAAUGAUAUUAUGUAUGAUUAUAUGUAGUGUUACUUUAUUAAUGGUCUCUCCACAACUAAAACGAGCAUUCCGAUCAAGUAGCCACAAACAAUUACAGAUACGUUAUGCAUCAAAAAAACAUAUGCCUUUGACUAAUAUUGAAGAAAUAACACCAAUAGAAAACCUAUCUAUUUCAUAA